AUAAUAUUUAAAAGUAUUGCAUUAUGCAGUCAGGACUGUCUUACUCAGCUUUUCUUGAAUGAUUGGGAAAACUUAAGGUUUUCAGUGUUCUGUUCAUGGCAUUGUUUAAAGAAGAUUAAAGCAUGAAUACAGAUAUCAUUUUUAUCCUCAGCAUUUAUUCUAUUUAUUACUCUUUGCAGGUGGUAUUUCUUUUAUUUAGUUUCAGCUGCACUGGGUCAUUGUUGCUUUGUGUGGGUUUUCUCUAGUUGCAGAGAGUGGGGUCUUCUCAUUUUGGUGUCUUCGCUUUGUUCUAGGUAUGCGGGCUUCAGUAGUUGUGGCUUGAGGGUUCCAGAGCGCAGGCUCAGUAGUUGUGGCGCACAAGCUCAAUUGCUUCUUGGCAUGUGGGAUCUUCCUGGACCCAGGGGUCAAACCUAUGUCCCCUGCACUGGCAGGUGGAUUUUUAUCCACUGUGCCUCCAGGGAAGUCCUGUAGGUGGUAUUUCUUGAAUAGUAUAUUGUUAUUUCCUUUCUAUAUAUUUCUAUGUGUAGGGUUCUUGUAUAGAAUUCAUAACAUUACUAUUUGAAGAUUUAACAGUAAUCAAAUUUAUCACCUGAGUUUAUUCCAACUUUUGUUGCUAAAUAAAAAUUAGAUCAGUGAAAUGAAGUAUUUGUGAGCUUUUUAUUAAAAACAGUUGGAGAUUCAUAGGGUAUAUCUAGUAUUUUGAGCAUUCUUGAGAAAGAUAUGGAACUUUAUGAUUGGAAAUCAUGAUCUUUUUUUGGCUUAAAUAAAAAUAUAAGGCUGGUUAGAAUGCUAAGGACAUAGAAGAUAUACAUCUUUGUGAGUGAUAGAAAGUUCAGUCAAUCCAGGAGUUAGAAAACUUUAAUUACAGUAUAUUCCCAAAGCGAUAUACAAACAUGUAUGUGAUCUAAGCAAUGGAGUCCUAAAAGUUGGAGAAGUUUGUGGAGGAGGAGGUCCAUUAAGGACACAGAUUUUGGGUUGAUAGAGAAUGUGAUUCAUAAGCUUAAGCAAGCUAAGGUAGAGGCAUCUGAGGUGGGAACAAUAAGAAGACUAAUUAAGGAUUGUAUUAAGGAAUAGUGAAUUAUAGGAACUAGGAUAAAGGGAUAAAAUUGGGCUUUAUUUAUAGAGGACUUUGACAGAUGGAGAAAUUUAUAUUUGAGGUAUCUAUUGUAAAGCAUUAAAUAGGGAGACUGUAUUUGUUCAGAGCAGGUUGGAUUAAAAAUAGAGAAACUGACCAGGAGGCUAUUACAUUUAUUCAGGAAUAAAGGAUGGGCAGUGAGGAAAAUUACUGUGGAAGAAAAUUGGGAAGUGGACUUGUUUAAUGAAUGUGAGAGAAGAAAGACUCAAAACUAAGACUAAGAAAAUAGUGAUGGUAGGCAUAAGGAAUUUAUGGACAGCAAAUGGUUGAGGGUGGGGGGAGGCUUCCUUGAUAGCUCAGUUGGUAGAGAAUCUGCCUGCAAUAUAGGAGACCCCAGUUCGAUUCCUGGGUCGGGAAGAUCCCUUGGAGAAAGAGAUAGGCUACCCAUUCCAGUAUACUGGCCCGGAGAAUUCAUGGACUGUAUAGUCCAUGGGCUCACAAAGAGUCAGACACGAUUGAAUGACUUUCACUUUCAAAUGGUUUGUGAGAUGUUCAGAAAAGUGAUUGUAGUGUUUUAGAAGAGUUGAAGGAGAUGGUAGGGCACCUGAAGGGAAUCGGCCUUUGGGUACAUGGAGAAAUGAGGCAAGAAUACAUAUAAAAAGUAAAAGUGGAGAGAUUUGGAAGCCAUCUUAAUAAAGAUGAAAGUUGAAACCUCAAAAUAGCUACAUUUCUUCUAGUGGUAAGAAAACCAGGAGUGCAGUGUAAUGAAAGCAAGGAAAGAUAUUUAAAAAACUUGAUGUUGCAGUUCUCUUUCUGAGAAGUGAAAGCUGACUAUCACUAGAAGGAUGCUGCAGGUAAUUGUAAAACAUGCUUUGAGGAUUUAAUGUUUGAUAGGUUAAAAAUGUCUAUAUGCUGGGGGAAAAUAACCCAUGUGCAUCUAAUUUGUUGCCUUGCAAUUGAGUUUAAGGGUGAUUUGGGAUAGAGGAGUUCAGCUAGCUAUGCUCCAGUUUUUUCUCUUUCAGGGUAUGAGGAAGUCUAAGAACAAAUACUUACUGGAUGGGGCAUGACUGGGGUUGGUUGGAUUCUGAACAAGACUAUCCCAAUGACUCUGAGUUGAGCAAUGACUGCAGGUCCCUCUUCAGCUCAUGGGACUCCAGUUUUGAUCUUGAUGUGGGCAGCUGGAGGGAAACUGAGGAGCCAGGGGCUGAGGAACUAGAGGAAAGCAGCCCAGGGAGAGAAGCUAGUGAGCUGCUUGUGAGGGACGGAGGCAGUGAGGAAUCUCAGGAAGAGGCAGAGCAAGUCAGCCGCCAGAACCUCCUCUUUCUCUCUGAGGUAGCUUAUUUAAUGGAGCCGUUGUACAUUAGCAGCAAAGAAUCAAGUGAAGGCUGCUGCCCUUCAUCUGGUACCAGACAAGAGGAAAGGGAAAUUGAAGCUACUGAAGGAGAGGGGGAGCCCUACAGAGAACCUGAAGAACUGUCAGCCAAGGAAGACCCCUCAGUCACUGAGAAGUCAUCAAUGGGAGAAAAUGGAAGGCCAGAGGUGACUCCACCUCCCUCAGAUAUUUUGGUACUUCAGGAACAAUCCAUAGAGAGCAAAGAGGGAGGAGUUCAGCAAGAAUCCAAAGAGGAGGACCAGGGUGAAGGGUAUGUGUCAGAAAUGGAGGACCAGCGUUCUUCAGGCGAGUGUGAUAAUGGCUGCAGCGCCCAGGAGACUCCUCUGGUGGAUAUCCUUGUCAGUCGUGCUACCUCCUCAAAGCUGUCUGAUCUAUGCCAUGGUGAUCCUAUUCAGGAUCAAUUGCUAUUUAAGAAGACUCUCCUGCCAGUCUGGAAGAUGAUAGCCAGUCACAGGUUCAGCAGUCCGUUUCUGAAGCCUGUGUCAGAAAGGCAGGCCCCAGGAUACAAGGAUGUGGUGAAAAGACCCAUGGACUUAACUAGCCUGAAAAGGAAUCUGUCCAAGGGAUGGAUUCGCACCAUGGCUCAGUUCCAGCGGGACCUGAUGCUGAUGUUCCAGAAUGCUGUGAUGUACAAUGACUCUGAUCAUCAUGUAUACCAUAUGGCUGUGGAGAUGCAGCGAGAAGUCUUGGAGCAGAUUCAGGUGCUGAGUAUUUGGUUAGACAAAAGAAGAGACUUAAAUAGUCUGGAAUGAAAACUAACCAACCCUAUGGAUGAUGGAAAACCUGCUUUGCUAACUUGGAGCUGCUUUCCUGAACUUUUCUGGAUUUUGGACCUUUCAUUGAGACUCUGACUUAUUGAAGAUCCCAAUACUUGUUUACCAUUUUUCUGUUGUCUUUUCUAAUAAGAAUUAUACCUUAACUUACAACCAAAGAGUUAAAGGUGCUUGUGGACAUGAUAUAAAGAAAACACAGAAAACUGAGAUUUGGGGUUAUGCCAUAUAUGUUGCCCACAUCUUUGUUCCAUAAAGUUAAUUUAGAGAUAAAUAGAUUAAACCUCUUUUACUGCUCUUUAAAUAAAUGUUAUUUCACAAGUCAAAAA